AUGCAGCCAGAUCAUGCCCGGAGACCGCUGUGGGUCAGCGAAAAUGGGCGAAUUAUUUUCGAAACCUUUCAUCCACAAGCCGCUCAGGUGGCCGAUUUCUUGAUUGCAGUCUCUGAGCCUGUGAGCAGGCCGCAGCUCAUGCAUGAGUACCAGAUCACCGCCCUGUCCCUGAAUGCUGCAAUCGCUAAUGGCAUCGAUGUGGAGCAGAUCAUCAAGGUUCUGCGAAAGCUGUCCAAGACUGUUGUGGAUGAAAGUUUCUUGGAGUUCAUCCGGGAGAAAUGCAAGUCCACGGGAAAGCUUCGGCUCAUUCUGCGGGAUGGUCGACACUUCUUGGAGUCUGAAGAUGCGCCUCUUCUACAGCAUCUGUGCAGUGAUGCUGACGUUGCGGCAUGCCUGGUUCAGGAAUUGGCUCCUGAGAGCCGCAUCGUGGAAGUCGACUCCCUCAAGGUGGAGAAGUUGAAGUUGGCAGCUCACCAGAUGUCUUUCCCUCUUUUGCAAGAGUAUGAGUUUCGACGGGACCGGGAAGACACAAAUCCCCAGCUCACUGCGGUCCUCAGACCUACGGUCAAUCUUCGCCCGUAUCAGCAGCGAGCGCUGUCCAAGAUGUUUUCGGCGGAUGGCGUUGCUAAGAGUGGCAUCGUUGUGCUUCCUUGCGGUGCUGGGAAGACGCUGGUUGGAAUCGCAGCCUGUUGCCGUGUAGGGCGACGGGCACUUGUGCUCACCACCACGGCCGUUGCAGUGGACCAGUGGCGGCGCCAGAUCCAGCUCUUUACUAGCUUGCCGCCGGAAGACGUCUACGCACUCACGGCAGAGCACAAGCGGCCCAUAGAGGAUGCUCAGCGCCGUGCUUGUAUCGUCAUAUCCACGUACAGCAUGCUCGGAUACACUGGACGGAGAGGAGGAGACACUCAGUUCAUCCUGGAUCAGUUGCAGCAGCUCGAGUGGGGCCUGCUGGUGGUGGAUGAGGUGCAAGUGAUGCCGGCACGUACCUUCAGAACCGUCGCCACCAUGAUCAAAUCGCAUUGUUGCCUGGGGUUAACAGCCACUUUGGUCCGGGAAGAUGACCUGAUCCAAGAUUUGCAUUGGCUCAUUGGCCCGAAGCUCUACGAGGCCAACUGGCAGCAGCUGCAGGACGAGGGCUACUUGGCCCGCGUCCGUUGCAUCGAAGUUUGGUGCGACAUGUCCACUGAGUUCUUCAUUGAGUACUUGCAGGCUGCGGACAGUCCAGAAGUGCCAGGCUCCCUCCGUGCGACGCUGCAAAGGGCCCUCUGGACUUGCAACCCCAACAAGCUGAAGACGUGUGAGUACCUGAUUCGUUUCCACGAACAGCGUGGAGACAAGAUCAUUGUGUUCAGCGACAACAUCUUCAUCUUGAAGGACUUCGCCCGACGGCUGGGAAGGUACUACAUCUGUGGCUCAGUGGACAUGCGCGAGCGGCUGCAGAUCCUCAGUGAAUUCCAGGAAAGCUCGGCUUGCAACACCAUCUUUCUGUCCAAGGUCGGCGACAAUGCCAUCGACUUGCCAGUAGCGAACGUCAUCGUACAGAUUUCCUCUCACUAUGGGUCGAGAAGGCAGGAGGCCCAGCGCUUGGGCCGAAUUCUGCGCCCCAAGCCGCAGACUUCCAGCUCCGGCGGCCGAUUCAAUGCCUAUUUCUACUCCGUCGUCUCCCGAGACACUCAAGAGCUGUAUCAUGCCAAUCGUCGACAACAAUUUCUUGUCGAGCAGGGAUACAACUACCAGGCGGGAAAGGGUUGUCGAAGGUUGCGGGGUUGGAGUUGGAUGGGAUUUAGGCACCCGUGCACCUUCCAAGAUGCUUGGUGCACAGCGCCGAGAGAGCAGCAUGAGCAUCCGCCCCGCUUGCCCUCAGCAGCUGAUGCUCAUGAAGCUCAGGAGAUGCAUCAUGAGCGUCAUGAGCAUCAUGAGCAUCAGGAGCAGCCCAUGUCUCGAGCAAGGCUUCUGCCUUUGCCCCGCCUGUGCUGGAUAGCAGAGCCCAAGACCCCGAUAGCCGGAGAUUGGCGGGGUCGAGCCAUUCGAUUCGAUCCUACUGUGCUCAGAAAGUUCCGAAUGCAGACGGACAACUUUUGCACAUCGAGCUGGCUUGAGUUUAAAGCUAGGGGUCUUCUUGCUGCCUCGGUGUGGAUCUGCUUGGGCUGA